AUGGAUCCUCGUCUGUGGAUCGCAAGUCUACAUGACAAUGACGACGUGCCAUCGCUGGACAUCGACCUUGCUGCGCAGAAUGACCCGGAGGGCUCUUGUUGGACAGAUGCCUACAGAAAAGAGGCGAACAUGUUCACGCCGCGGAGCGAUCCACAAUUCCAAUACAAAGCGGACCAAGUCGAUAUGGGUGUCGCGCAUGGAAAUCCACUAGCCAGAGGACUGGACCAGCGAAUACUAUCAUCACCAUGCCCUAUUGACGACGACACACCUUUCGACCUAUAUGGCAAGCGAGUUGUGUCGCACCUACUCUCCAACCACGAGGCUGUCUUCACGGAUACAUUCUUGGACUUCCUCCGCAUGGACGGCAUCGACGUACAAACACAUGCAGCCUUGACCGGCAUCCUCGCCACAAAAGGCUUCAAGCUCUCGUCCAUCUCCCAAAGCAAUCGUAAACGCAUUCCCCCACCCGAUGACAUGACCACCCCCAAACGAAAGAAGCUGUCUUCCUCAAGCUGGUGGGGCCAAUUCCUCAAGAUCGGUCCCGACUCGCACCAGCUUCAGAUCUGCGAUGAGGGACAAGCGCUCCUCGACGACCCAUUCGCUCUCCUCGGCGACAUGUACGGGAACAAGGCCGAACCACUUGUAACCAGCGAUUCCGUGGUCGAGUCUGGCGCCUACGGCAAGUUGUUCCUGUACACCAUGGCGUUGAACUCAUACGAGUUCCGCACAGACGUGAUGCAGAUCGUGAUGCGGCUUUUCUACUACAUCGUCUCGCACAACGGCAUCAACCACUAUAUCAACUCGUCGAACUGCCGUCUACAAAGGUUGUUCCCCGCGGACAUUGACAAGUUGCAUAGGCAGUUGGAGUCAUUUUUGCCCCCUGAUUGCACGACGCUGAAGGGGUUCAAGGAGAAGCUGCAGGAUCUAAGGAGCAAGGGGAGCUCAUAUGCGUUUAUGGCGAAGAAGUUGGGGUUGGGAAGCUUGAUCAUGUUGAGGGACCUCAUUCCCCCGAACAAGAUGUGGGCCUGCACAAAAGGCACCGAGAAAUCCGGCAUCUCGGACCUCGCUUUCGCGCAUUUGCACUCCAUCGGUGUGCCUGCGCAAGCAGCCACCAUCGGCGCUGACAAGGUCAUGCAUACCCUCCUGUGGGACUUGUGUAGCACCGCGCCGGGAUUUCGGGAGCGCAGGAAGCUGUUGGGAGAAUGGGAGCCGUUCCCGGGGUUUGAGUAUGCGCAGAGUGAUGUGAUGGAGAGGGGAAUGGGAGAGGUGGCUAAACAUGGAGUUGGUGAAGAGGUGGACGUUACAACAACUAUUGCUGAGGAGAUGGGCCAAGGCGACUGA